CCACACGCCCGCGCCACGGACGCAGUUCAAAAUUUACCUAUUUGGUGGAAAAUGCGGGCGUCAGUUUUCUGGUCUGUGCUUUUGUGAGUGCGGUGGAUUAUCUGAUCGGUUGUGUGAAUUUCAAAAAUCAAUCGCAACAAGAUAACGGAGCAAUCAAACGGACGCGAAACCAUUUCGCAAAACCAUAAACCAGCAUCCCUCAGUAUAAAACCGUGACGUGAGCGCAUGCCUGACAGUUUUUUGCCGCCGCUCCGCAGUUACGUCGACUGAAAACAACCCUUAGUAGAACUGAAAUCCGGUCGACGCUCGCCUGAAAAGUCCGCGACCCCAGUGCAUUUUAGUGCGGUGUGCAAGACAACCCCAAGUGGCAUCCUGGAUCGAUAGCGUCCCGUACGGAGCGAUGUCAGCAUCUAGCACGCCGAGGCGGAGGCCUCAAUUCCCGGACAAUCUCACCAACCUGCACCGGUUCAGGAAGACGGCACACGGACACGAUGGAUCCAGCAGGAUCGUGAUGGUCAGGAAGACGGAUCAAAGGACCAUUCUUCGUAAAGGAACGGAACCUAAAUUGGAAACGGUUACUAGGGAGACAAUCGAAACUUUUAAGGGGCAAAGAAGCGAAUACAAAGUGACGACUGAAAAGAAAAACUGCGAUGAAAAAUGCCCCGCCGAAGUAGUACACGCCGUUCUAGACAAAUCUAAAAGAACCCCAGAGAAAAAGAAAGAUCCGAAGAUGAGUUUCACGAUGGAGUGCUUAAAAGUCCACAACGAAUGUCGCCAAAAGCACGGUUGUCCACCCCUGAAACUGAACAAAGACAUUUGCAGGAUAAGUCAAUUAUGGGCUGACGUCCUGAUACGAAGAUCAGUGCCUCAACAAAGCAAUAACACCGACUACGGUGAACAUAUCUUCAGCUGCGAGUCCAAAAAUCUCAACUUCAGCGUCUCCGCCAGAGAGGUGGUCGAAAAAUGGUACAGCGAGAUCAAAGACCACGUCUUCGGCGAAGAACCCGAGGACCUAAAAACCGGCCACUUUUCCCAAGUGAUUUGGAAAAAGACCCGAGAAUUGGGCGUCGGCUUCGCCAAGUCUAAGGGCAGAGUGGUGGUGGUAACCAACUACUACCCACCAGGCAAUUACGUGGGUAACUUUGCGGAAUGCGUGCCACCCCCUUUGCCCUCACCACCAUCAACGCCCGCAAGUCCAGACAACAACAACACCUACGCCAUAGAAAACAAAAUGAAUGCGUUGGCGAUAAAGAACAACGCGAAAAAAGGGGCGGCCGAAAACUUCGAAAUCGACUUUCUGAACAAACAUAACGAAUUCCGACGACUUCACGGCGUGCCUCCCUUGAAACUGGACCGGAAACUUUGCAAAUACAGCGACAGCUGGGCGGAGUAUCUGGCUCAGAAGAACAUCCUCCAACACCGCCCGGAAAGCAACUACGGAGAAAAUCUUUUCAGCGUGCGUCUCAGCAAUCAAAAGUUCGUUAUCAAGGGGGAUGAACCCGUCAUACAUUGGUACAACGAUAUGAAGGACUACCCAUUUGGUAAAGAGCCUAAGAACCUUAAAAAGGGAGGCCACUUCACUCAAGUCGUCUGGAGAACCAGCGAAUUUUUAGGUGUUGGAAUAGCGAAAAACUGUAGCACAAUAUACGUGGUAGCUAACUAUUCGCCGGCAGGCAAUUUUGUUGGUGAUUACAUUAACAACGUGCCUCCCCCCAUUAAAAACACCCUAAAUGGUCAUAAUUCUUCAGAGGAUAGCGUAUCAGAAAAUGGCGUUCCUCUGGACGGAACUGAGGGCAACUUCAAAGAAGACUUUCUGGAAGCCCAUAACGUAUACAGGCGUCUUCAUGGAGCUUGUCCUCUAAUUCUGGACGAAAAUCUUUGCACGCACAGUCAAAACUGGGCAGAAAACUUGGCUCGCACCAACAUGCUGGAAAGCAAUCCAGAUAUGACCUACGGUGAAAACAUUUAUGUUAUUUCGUCCACCGAUCCAGAGUAUACGAUUACGGGAUACAAUCCCGUUGAUAUUUGGUACGAGGAAGAAAAGUUCUAUGAUUUUUGUAGAGAGCCCAUGAACUUUCAUUCAUUGCAUUUUACUCAACUUGUUUGGAAGAACACUAGAAGAUUAGGUGUUGGAGUCGCUAAAAGUAGUGAUGGUACCAUAUACGUGGUGGCCAAUUACGACCCACCAGGUAAUUACCGAGGUGAAUAUCGCGCAAAUGUUGGUGUAGCCAAAAGAAGAUACAUGGCCAAGUCAAAGUCUUCUUUAAACACAUCAAUCGAUCUAGAGCACUUUGGCGCUGAAGCAUUGAAAGUGCACAAUGAGUACCGAAGAAAGCACGGCGUACCGGAUGUUGUUCUGAACCACGAGAUUUGUGCAUACGCCCAGGAAUGGGCCGAAACACUGGCGAAAAAAGCGAGUUUAACCCAUCGCGUUAACAACAAGUAUGGUGAAAACGUAGCUAUGAUGUUCUCCUCCGAUUUCAGUCACACGCCUUCGCCAAGAGAUUUUAUCAAAGAAUGGUACAACGAGGUUAAAUUUUACAACAACUAUUCUAAAGAAGGCAUCAACCAAAAGGCGUUACAUUUUACACAGGUCAUUUGGAAGGGUACCAAGGAGAUUGGAGUUGGGGUGGCGAAGAAUGGUAAAGGUCAGACUUAUUGCGUUACGAAUUACAAUCCUAGGGGAAAUGUAGGGGGUAAAUUUGUUGAGAAUGUACUAAAACCGAAAUCUUGACACAGACUGAAACGUGUGAUAUUAGUGUCUACUUUGUAGAUGAGCUAUUUUAAAACGUAUCCGUUCCAUGAAGUAUGCCAAAGAUAUGAUAAUCCUAAACUUGUUAAUCUGUUAUAUUCCUUAAUAAUAAACGAUUUCAAACUGUU